CGCCCGCUCGCCCGUGGUCCCUCCCGUCGGUCCCUCCCUCCAGCUCUUCAGUCCCUCCUCGCCCUGCCUCCUGCGCGCCCAGCCCAGCCUCCGCCCGCGGGGACGUGUGUGAGUGUGUCUGUGUGUGAGUGUGUGUGUGUGUGUGUGUGCGUGCGUGCGCGCGUGUGUGGUGUGUGUGUCUCCAGUGCGAUUUCCCCUUUCUCUCACUCGCCUCAGCGCAGCUCUCCAGCGGCUCGCGCCCCCUCCCCGACAGCGGGCGCCCCCCGCCGCCCUGCCCCUCGGCGUGGGCCUCCCGAGAACCUCGGGACUCCCGUCGCACCGCCUGCACCCCGAUUCCUCUUCAGCCGGGGUGCCGCCGUCUCACCUGGGGUUCGCAUCUCGCUCGCCCUCCAACUUUGCCAUUGGCGGCGGCGGCGGCGGCGGUGGGACGUGUGGGAGAAGCCCAGCGCCUCGCCCGGCCGCCCGCCCGCCCGGACCAGCCUGCCCCGGCGCCGAGGUUGCUCUUGUGGUUGGCCUAGCCCAGCAUGCAGCCUUGAGCCUGGCAUAGGCCACACCCACUCCAACUCUGGAUAUCCUCCCCGGAGGCUCAGAGAAGGCACUAGAUUGAUCCUAAGGUGCCCGAAUAACAGCUGUUCAACAAGGAACCACCACAGCUCCAGGGAGCCGGGGGAGUCUUCUUGUCAGCUCUGGCGGAAGCCACUAUGGCUAUUGCCCUGCAGCCCAGCGAUCUGGUCUUUGAGUUCGCAAGCAACGGGAUGGAUGAUAUCCACCAGCUGGAAGACCCUUCAGUGUUCCCAGCUGUGAUCGUGGAACAGGUCCCCUAUCCUGAAUUAGUACAUCUGUACUCAGGACUGGAUCUGGAUGAAGUCCACAGUGGCAUCAUAAGGGACAGGACCUUGUGCAUGACACAGGAUCAGAUCUUAGAAGGCAGUAUUUUGCUGACAGAUGACAAUGUGUCCACCUCAAAUAACUCGUCAUCUACUGAAGUCCUAUUCAAUGUGGCAACUCCCAGUGAUGUCCUGGAUGAGAAGCAGAUCUUCAGCACACCGGAAGUGCUUCCAGACUCCAACUCUGUUCAGGCCAUCAAUCUGCCCAACUUCCUGCUUUCCACCCCUGAACCUGAUGACCCAAAGAAGACAAGUGAUGCUGGUGACCAGAAGGAGUAUUCUCUGGAGGAGGUUUCCAGAGAGGAAAAUCUUAGGAAGAUUGGGAAGUCACGGAAGAGAAACCGAAAGACAAAGAACAACCGAAGUACCUCACCUGUCACUGACCCCAGCGUGCCCAUCCGGAAGAAAUCCAAGGAUGGCAAAGGCAGCACCAUUUAUCUGUGGGAGUUCCUCCUGGCUCUUCUGCAAGAUAGAAACACCUGCCCCAAAUACAUCAAGUGGACGCAGCGAGAGAAAGGCAUCUUCAAGUUGGUGGACUCCAAAGCUGUGUCCAAGCUGUGGGGCAAGCAGAAAAACAAACCUGAUAUGAACUAUGAGACUAUGGGGCGGGCCCUAAGAUAUUACUAUCAGAGAGGAAUCCUGGCCAAAGUGGAAGGGCAGAGGCUGGUAUACCAGUUCAAGGAGAUGCCUAAGGACUUGGUGGUGAUUGACGAUGAGGAGGAGAGUACUGAAACACCAGAAGACUCUUCCCAGGCCUCUACUUCCUCCACACCCUCUACCAGUACCACCCGGAGACCCAGCUCCAGGGUUGUAACCAGAGCCUCCCCCGAGGACAAGGAUAGUCCUUCCUGGGAGAAGCCAAAGGUUGAACACACUGGUCUCCAGCCCUCUGCAAGCCUGGAGUUAGGAUUAUCUGUGGAUGAGGAGGUCCCGACUACCUCCACCAUGAUUGUCAGUCCACUACAGAGCCAGGCCAAGCCCGCCAAAACUGUGAGUACUUCAGCGCCCAGUAACAUCCACCUAGGAGUAGCCCCAGUGGGGCCCGGCUCCACGGUUACCCUGCAGACCAUCCCACUGACUACGGUGCUGACCAAUGGGCCUCCUGCCGGUACUACUGCUCCUGCUCAGCUCGUUCUUCAGAGUGUCCCACAGGUGUCAACGUUCAAGGACACCCUCACUUUGCAGACUUCCUUUCCCCUGAAUGCCAGUUUGCAAGAGAACCAGGUGGCAACCCAAGGGACCCCAUUGAUCCUCAGUGGUCUCCCCCAACUUCUGGCCGGGGCCAACCAUCAGAGCAACCCGGUAACAUCCCAGGUCAUAGGUGCUGGGUCAGCAGGACCCAGCUCUCAGCCCCCUGGGACUGUCAUUGCUGCCUUUAUCAGGACUUCUAAUGGCACUUCAGUGCCUGUGGUUAAGGAGGGGCCCUUGAGGUCCUCUUCAUAUGUGCAGGGUGUGGUAACUGGGGCCCCAGUGGAGGGGCUGUUGGUCCCUGAAGAGACCCUAAGAGAGCUCCUGAGAGAUCAGGCUCAUCUUCAGCCACUUCAGAGUCAGGCGCUCUCAAGAGGUUCCCAUAACCUGAGCCUUGUGGGGAACCAGACUUUAUCUCCCCCUAGCCACCCCACUGUUGGGCUAACUCCGGUGGCUGAACUUGAGCUCUCAUCCAGCUCAGGGUCCCUGUUGGUAACUGAGCCUAAUAUGACCACAUCUGGGAGCCUGCUGACCAGAUCCCCCACCCAGGCCCCUUUCUCCCCAUUCAAUCCCACUUCCCUCAUUAAGAUGGAGCCCCAUGACAUAUAAACAAAGGGAUCAAAAGUAUGACCCUCCGGGGCAAAAUUGUGAAACAUUUUCGUGUGGACUUAAGUAGAGUACCCGCCCUUACAUCUAGUGCGGUGAGAGAAAAUUUGAUUCCAAGUUCCCUAGACCUAUCUGGCGUCGUUAUGACCAAAGUACGCCCAGCUCAAGCAUCGCUGGCAUCAGACAUGGCCUUCAAGAGCACUAGGGAGUGGAUAGGCUCUUGAAAGGAUAAUGAGAUGACUUGGUGAUGGAGGGACAUCCACAAGCCAGGAAGCCGCUUGUGGUCAGAGCUGGUCAGCUUCCCAAGAAGAGUUAAGUCUGGUCAUACUUCGCUAUCUAUAUUCCUUACACAGGGAACUUACCAUCCGAUAUGUGAAUAUCUUCUUCGUAUGCAUUUGUGUGCACUUGUGGUUCUGUAUCUUCAUUUCUUUGGGGAGGAUGGGAUUUAGAUGUCAGGUCUUUUCUUCGUGUGUGUGUGUGUGUGUGUGUGUGUGUGUGUGUGUGUGUGUGUGUGUGUGUGUUUCCGUCCAUUCCUAGGUCAGCCACAGAGAUGAGGCAUUUUUAAGAGAAAGCACUCUAACUUUUUUUUUUUGCAAGCAACAAUGGCAUUCUGAGACUGGAAAGUACUGGUUGAAUGAAUGUCCCCCUCCCAGUCUAAAGAGAUGUCACAGAGCCGGAACAGGUCUUGGUAGGAGAGCUUCAAUGGGUGCACAUGCUGAGAGGACAUUGCUAAGGGACAAGAGUCCACUUACGUUAAAACCAUAGUGGGAGGGAAAAGGAGCACACUUAGCCCUGGGAGCACUUGCUUGUCAGAUUUACCUUGCUAUCAAGGUGCAACUUCAGUACUUUGCUGAAAGUUGUGGGGCAAAGCACUUAACUAUAGUCAGCCCCAGUUAUAAAGUCCCUAGCAGGACCUAAGUGGAUAGAAUGUCUGUCCAGGGCUUUUGGCUGUUUGGAUAAAAUCAGCCCUGUGCUUGACAAGAAUAGCCCUAUUUUGACCCAGUGUUCUUUGUUCCCUAGCUUGGGUUCCCUCUUCGUUCUGUUUGUCCUGAGAAGUUUCACCUGUCAUCAAUUGCUGAGGCUAGUGGGGUGGUAGCCCGGCUCCAGCCAUACAGUCUCGCUCUCUCUCCCAUCCUCACCCUCUCCCAGUGGCUCUGAAAGACUUUAGGAGGACUGUUGGUUUUCAUCUCCAGCCGUCACACACAGCCCAACUCUUGCUUCACUAAGGAGACAGGAGCAAGAACACAUGAGUUCCUACAUCCCCUGUUAGCAACUGACCCUGCGCCUCUUUCCCCUUUCUAGAAAGAGUUCUUCUGGUCUCUCUUAGUCUCUCAGCGAAGGGUCUCCAUUUCCCUUCCUUGAAUCUACUUGCCUCUCUCCUACCAGGUUUAGGGGCAAUGUGUAGAGAUGCCAGGCCCAGGAGCAAGUCUGGUGAAUUCGGUUAAUGUGAAUCAGUAUCCAGGACCUUUGCUAUGUCCUCUGUGCCAAAGCACCCACUUGACCUAACUACCUCCCUGGCUGGCCAUUGUUCUCCCCUACUGUUCUCUCUCCUUCCCUGGGGGGAAGGGACCAUCUGUGGCUAUGCAGGUGCAUUUGCCACAUUCCCAGCAAUUGACACUGAAAUGUCUGUUAUAAUAAAAUCGGCUUAGGAUGACAAUCUCUUGAUGGAUGGAAGGAAACAUCUCCAGAAAAGGUCACCAUUGUUGCUGUUAGUGUUGAUGUUCUUGUUGUAUUUGGGUUUUAGUUUUUGGGUUUUGAACUUGCUCUGUUGGUGAAGAUGACCUUGAACUUCCAGUUGUCUUGCCCACCCCACCCCCUUGUUGUCACUUAUGUUAUCACGGUGUGUUUCUAUCGACCAAACCCAUGACUUCAUGCAGGCUUGACGAGUACCCUUACUCUUCCAAGCUCAACCAGUUUUAGUGAGCACAAAGGGACAGCAUGAGUUGGGGUGGCCCUGCAUCAACCUGGGACCUGAAUUCUGCAUACACAUCCUAACUCCAAGGAAAUCCAUUCUCCUAAGGCUGUCAACACUCUCAUAGUCAAAUCAUCUUCUCCAUGGUUGUCUGGCCUUGUCAUCCCACACGUGCUGAGCCCUUCUACACCACUGUGCUUUUAGUUUCUGUGUGGGUUCCUCCUCAUCUCUUUGUGUGUGGGUGUUCUCCAGGUGUCCCACUCUUGUCACCGGCCAGUUCUUUAAGGUAAGGUCAAUCCAGAACUUGCUUCUCUUAAAUCCCUGGCGCAUGGCUCUGGUGAUCUGCUUCUGUUAAUGAUGCCACCAUUUUCCUGACCUUCUUCUAUACUGGAAAUCUCAGAGCUGUCUGGUGUGCUAUAUGUACUUGAUCCUGCCCCUUACCCUCAUCUCCUGAUAGCUGGCCUGUCUUCAUCCCCUGAGCCUCCAGCCUAGCUCUUACUCCUAGCUUCCGCCUUCCCAGUAUAUGUCAGCGCCCUGUUCAAUGUGACUCCUUAGCCCUUCACAUCUGGCAGGCUACUCGGCCUUCCUCAAUAAAAAGCCUUCAGUGAGUCCUGGCUUGAGGAUUGGGCCAAUACUUAAAAUGCUCACCACCACCCCCAGGCUCUUGUAGGGGGCCUAGGGCUAGCAUUAACCCUUUAGUUCCUGAAUCGUGACAGGGUCCAAGGAAUUGGGGAGCACUUGGAGAGCUAUGGGUAGUAAUUCUCGAAAGAUUUGAAGUUUGAUAUCAAUCCCACCAGGGAAAAGAGCUCCAAGUUGGUGGCACUUCACUAUUAGGUUCUCUGAUAUUCCCCAUGCCAUGCCACGUCCUCCAAAAGGGUUCCGUUUAACCAAUAUGUUCUAUCUUCUUCCUAACAACGAAAAAUUGUGUCUCAAGAUGGGAUUCGGUGGGAACAGUCAGUUCCUAACUUUUAAUUCUUAAACUUGUAACUGCCACUUGAUGGACAGGUGAUUAGAAACAGCCUGUGAUAGCUCUAUUGUAAUCACAAACUGCUACUUAGACCUUAAGUUCAGAUCUGUACCUUUAAUGUCCCAUGUGUGUUACUUCCUGGGGGGUGGGCACCACCGCGCCACCCACAAAACUGGGCAUACCUAUGAAGCAGGUGAGCAUCAAUGACAGGUUACUGAUUGAUCUGAUGAGAGCUGGGUAUCAAACUCUGAGGUAGCUGACCUCUGUCCUCCUCUCUCCUCAGGCAGUUACUCCAGGUGCUUCACUGCCCAGGGCCUGCCAUUCAUGGCUCAGUGCCCCCAUGGUACCACCUCACCCCGUCUUAACAUCCAAGAUUUGUAUUACUUUCAAUAUCCUCUGAUCCUAAAGACACCUUCCUAUUCAAUUUCUUCCCUACACAGUGUUAAACGAGCUAACUGGUUAACUAACCCUUGCUGACAAGCGUUAUGGACGAGGCUUACAGGAGAACCUCAGGAGACGGAGUUACUUUAACCAGAGUCAGGCAGCAGCAAUCCCCCUGCUUUUGUGAUGGCAUAAUGGAGUCAGGAGUCAAGUGGUGGUCCUCACCUCCCAGUGGCUAAUAUGUGAUUCCCUCCUGGCUCCCACAGCACUUUGUAUAUACCUCUCAUUGUAGCACAUGUAUGUAGUUCUUUGAUUGUGUUCAUGUAUGUCCCCCUCCAAUAGACUGUGAGCUCCUCAAGGCCAGGAGCUGUGUGCUAGUCAGUGAUGUAUCCCCAGCACCUAGCCACAGUGCCUGAUACACAGUAGGUGCUCAAUAAAUGUUUAUUGAAAGGCUGAA